UGCUAGUGGUCAUCAAAAUCUCUAAUUAAUGUUUCUAGUAUAUUCCACCACUGCAAUAUUAAUCAAAGCCUAAGAGAUUUAACCAAUUCCAACAUAUUAUCAUCAAUGGAACCAACCAAGAGGUAUGCGGUGGUGACCGGAGGAAACAAAGGGAUUGGAUUUGGAAUCUGUAAGCAGCUGGCUUCUAAUGAAAUUAUUGUAAUAUUAACAGCUAGAGAUGAAAAGAGAGGGCUUGAAGCUGUUCAGAAACUCAAAGACUCCGGUCUCUCUGAUUACGUGGUGUUUCAUCAGCUUGAUGUUGCUGAUCCUGAUAGUAUAUCUGUUUUUGCUGAUUUCGUGAAAAUGCGAUUCCGAAAGCUAGAUAUUCUGGUGAACAAUGCAGGAAUAGGUGGAAUUGAAGCGGAUGCUGAUGCUUUAAGAGCUUCUAUAUCAAGAAGUGAAGGAGCGCCCAUUAACUGGCAAGAAUUAGUAACUCAAACACACGAAUCAGCUGAAGAAUGCCUAAAAAUAAACUAUUAUGGUGCCAAGAGAAUGGUUGAGGCACUAAUUCCCCUACUCCAAUUAUCGGAUUCACCAAGGAUUGUUAAUGUUUCAUCUUCUAUGGGCAAGUUGAAGAAUGUACCGAACGAAUGGGCUAAAGAGGUGUUGAGUGAUGCUGACAGCCUUUCGGAGGAGAGGAUCGAUGAGGUGUUGAGCAAGUUUCUAGAAGAUGUUAAGGAGGGUUCACCCGAAACCAAAGGCUGGCCUGCAAUUAUGUCUGCCUAUAAACUCUCAAAAGCAGCUAUGAAUGCCUAUACACGUAUCAUCGCCAAGAAGUUUCCAGCUUUCCGUAUCAAUUGUGUGUGCCCUGGCUAUGUCAAAACAGAUAUUAACUUUGAUUGCGGAAAGUUAUCAGUCGAAGAAGGAGCUGAAAGUCCGGUGAGACUAGCAUUAUUGCCCGAUGAUGGUCCUUCCGGUUGCUUCUUUGAUCGGAAGGAGGAGUCACCUUUUUGAUUGGACAUGAAUCAUAUCUCCCCCUAUAUGAAAAUAUAGACAAUAGCCAUGUGUAGUUAUGUAGCACAGAAACUUGUGGGGUCCUACAUUUCUGUUUCCGUAAAAACUUAUGAAACUUAAAUAGUAUGUUAAUGUAAAAAAACCAUUUUACAAGCUUAAA